UCUGUGUAUAGUUAUCAUCUGAAUGCAACCCUGUGGUUGUUUUGAAUUUUGCGCUAUUUUGAUCAAAAUGCUAUUAAUUCUGCCAAAGCGUCAUAAAUAGAUUAAAAUAGUGAUAAUCAUGCGUGUUGUAAAUUCGUGCGUUUUAGAAUUGCGUGAGUAUAAAGGCAGAAGAAUCGUAUGUCAACUGAAGCUAGACGGCUCCACUGUUGAUAAAGCAGACAUCGAAGAGCCACAAGACUUUCACUGGUGGGAGAAACAACAUUGGGAAAACUUUGACGCACAGUUGGAGCAGUUAAUUGAUAAUAUAUCGGACAAGACCCGGAUCCGCAACAAAACUGUAGAAAAGACCUUCCAACUUCAUGAUGAAGUGGACGUGCAAGUUAGAAAUUCUGCAGCAUCCUUGAAAACACUACUAGACUGCUUAGGUCAUGUAACGCUGGAACGGCACGACAACACAUUAGCUUUAGACUUCUUAGUUCGACGUAGAAGAAAAAGAAAAACGGAUUUAAAGUAUGCUGAUAUUUUAGGACUUGAAGAAUUUCCUUGUUGUACCGGAGAAUCGGAAUAUCAUCCGCUGCCUGUAUCGGAUAUUUCAGCCUCCCCAGAAGCAUCUUGUUUGUCUUAUGUUCCAACAAAAAUUGGGAGUAAAAACUUUCAUUUGUGUCACACGACUGAAUCAAACGUCUAUGAUGUUGAUGACGAGGACCGAUAUUCACCAGAACCACCAAAAGAGUGCUCUUUGCUAGUAUUUACACCUAAGCCUAUAGACAAGGAAAUAGACAUAUUUGCUAAUUCCAGCGAAGAUGAUGACGGAACUUUUAGUGCUAAAAAAAUAGCAAAUUCGACGUUAUCAAGUGACGCGAAAAAUGAAAAAAAAUCUAAAUUCCCGCAGUCAAAAGAAGAACUGGACAGCAGCCCAGACUUACUUUUACUUCAAAGUCAGGAUGCCGUAAAUCACAUGAAAAAAGGCGGUAAAAAUAUUGGAAAAGGCCAACAAAGUCACAAGUAUGAUAAUAUUAAAAAUGCACAUGCACAGAGAAGGCAUGAAAAGCCUAGUAAGUGUCGUCUAUUUAAGGCGCAGGACGAAAGCCAAGGGGAAAUGUUUUAUGAAAAGGAAGUUUUUAAAAUAAAAGAAUCACAAGAUGAUGACAUUGAUUUGGAAAAAUACGUAAAACCAAGUAAAGAUAUAACUGUGAAAAAUCUUGAUGAAAAAGGCAAGCAAAACAGUCCGCGAAACGAGUCCAAACAUGAUGCAAAUAAAAACGCCAUGCGACGUUCCAAUCGUUCACCCAUAAAACCUUCGCGUUAUAAAGUUGAAGAAGUUCGAAACCUAAAAUCGACGAAUAAAAAAAGAUCCAAAGCAGUCAGUAAAACAAUGCAGGAAUGUUUUGGAUCUGACGCCGAAAGCGAUGAUUUCACCGAGAAAACACCUAUUAAAGCUGCACCUAAAGUACACCUGGGAUCAGCGCAUUUAGCAUCGUCUGUGAAAAAAAGGAAGCGAGAAGAGAAAAAUGAAAGAUCGUGCGAACAGGAAAAGCAAUCUAUGAGUAAAUGGUUGUCUAAAAAGAAACCCGAAGAACUGGUCAAAUCCCCAAAGAAAACAUCAAAAUCGACGAAAUCUCGAGUUAAGGAGACUAAAACGAGUAAGGCAGAUAGUUCUGGUGGCAUAAUAAGCCGUAUUGUUUAUCCAACACCCGAAGAGAUCGCGAACAAUGAGCGUAGAGAGAAGGAGCAGAUGAAAGUAAACAGGAAAAUGAAAAUAUUGUUAGAAGAUCUGAUACAAGUGCCGAAGAAGGUCGAAAUUUUGUCACUGAACUCUAUGUCGGCUGAUGAAAUUUUGAGCACUUUUCCAAAAUACAAAGAACACCUUGACAAUAUUUUCCAUAAGUUACGAUCCAAGCCGAAAGUGACUGGCUACAAUGGAAUUAACCAUUACUCUGUUAUCGAACUGAUAGAUAAUGAAAAACAGCUAAAAAUCAUGAAUAAACUCGGCGAAAUUUACGAAAAUGAGUCCGAAGGCACGUCCAUAUACUCUACACUCUUCGCCAACGCUUUGAUGCCCGAGUGGCUGGUUAAUAUUUUCAAGGAUAAGUACAAAUUUUCUCACAGCGAGGCAGUGUUGCGGUUACAAGAUCAACAACAGUACAUGCAGUAUAUGGAUGUAGAAGACCAUCACUAAGGAAUAUGCUGGCACAUAUACUUCAUUUACUAAACAACUUAAGUUAAAAGAAAGUCAAAUAUUUAAUUGUAUGACCCAACCAUUAAACUAAAGCCAUCGCCGUUAAAUUCAAUUUGCGGCUACUGUGAAAGAUUUUGCCUUUUUGUUAAUAAAAAGCUGAAAAUUUACAGUGUUAAAAAA